CAGCCUACAACGCAUGUCUUUGGACUGGGGAGGAAACCAGAGAACCAGAUAAAAUCCCCAAAGCAAAGGGAGAACAUGCAAGCUCCACACACACAGGGCAGAGGCAGGAUUUGAGCCCUCCUCAAAUCCUGGAGGUGUAAGACAAACGUGCUAACCAUUAAGCCACUGUGACGCCUGGGGGAAAAUUGUUUAUGACACAAAGAAGUUAGAAAAGUCUACGUACUAUACAUUAAAAGGGCAGUUGAAACCUAGCAUCGAAAGGCACCACCAUUUUCCAGUCCAGGUGGUGGCGGUAUCGCACCCAGUAGCUGCUUCACCAACCACCAUUGACGAAGUAAAAGACGCUGCAGGUUUCUAGGCUGAACCGCUGAGUUACUCGACCGAGCCAAUCAUUUCUACAUUAAAUAAUUUCUAACAGAGUUUUACAGUUAGAUUGGAUCCAGUCAGAAAUCAAAGCUCGUCGUUGUGUCUGUGGUUGAGGAUUUAAAUCUCCGGCCUGCUUUAAAACCCCGAGACCUGUUAUAAUGAGUUCAGCAGGAGACAGACCGCACUCCUCCAGAACGUCUCAGGCUGAUGAUCCUGAUCCUUCGCAGCUGUGUAAGGAUGUGAAAACAGAGAAUUCAGAUAGAGAGAUGGAGGUCUGGGUGAAGAAAGAGGAAACGCUGGAGCUGAACAUGUACAACCAUGGAGACGAUUUCGACAACACGCCUGAAGUUAUCGCCAUUAAAGAGGAAGACGCUGACAAUGAAGACUACCUCUACUGUGAGGUUUGCAAGUCCUACUUCUUCAACAAGUGUGAGGUUCACGGUCCAGCGCUCUUCAUCACUGAUACCCCUGUUCCCAUGGGGGUCCCUGACCGAGCCAGACAAACUCUUCCUCCUGGUCUAGAGAUUCGUAAGUCUGGUAUUUCUGACGCAGGCCUGGGAGUGUUUAAUAAAGGAGAGACUAUUCCAGUUGGUGCACACUUCGGACCCUACCAAGCAGAGCUGGUAGACGGAGAAGAAGCUAUGAAUAGUGGCUGCUCAUGGGUGAUAUACAGAAGUGGUCAGUGUGAGGAAUACAUAGAUGCCAAGAGAGAGAUGCAUGGUAACUGGAUGAGGUAUGUGAAUUGUUCUCGUAAUGGACAAGAGCAGAAUCUCAUGGCCUUUAAGUAUCGAGGUGGGAUUCUGUACCGUUGCUGUCGACCCAUCAACCCAGGACAGGAGCUGUUGGUGUGGUAUGAAGAGGAGUAUGCCAAAGAUUUUGGCCAUACAUUUGACUACCUCCGGAAUAAACAAUGCUCUACAAAUGAAGUAAACAAAGCUCCAGUUCAACUUUUCUCCUGCUCAUUGUGUCCACUUUAUUAUACUUCUCAAACUUACCUCAACAAACACAUCCAGAGCUACCACUACGAGGAGUACAUGAGCAAGAAAUCAGGAGAAAGUCGGAUGCCAACAAACAGCCCCAGUAAUCAGCAAACAUCUGGUACUCUUAGUUCCAACACCUCUCAGAAAGAAAUACAGAAGAAAAUUCACAUUUGCUCAGAUGGUGGAAACGGUUUUACUCAGCAGAGUGCUCUUAAAACAUAUCAGUGCAGUCAAACCGGAGAGAUGCUGUAUCGCUGCUUGCAGUGUGACAAGAGUUUUAAUAAAAAAAGUAAUCUCAGAAAACACCAACGCAUUCACACCGGAGAGAAGCCAUAUCACUGCUCACAAUGUGAAAAGAGUUUUAUUCAAAAAAGCGAUCUCCGGCAACACCAGAGAAUUCACACAGGAGAGAAGCCGUAUCAGUGCUCACAGUGUGGGAAAUGUUUUACUCAUCAGAGUCAUCUCCAACUACACCAGCGCAUUCACACAGGAGAGAAACCGUAUCACUGCUCACAGUGUGGAAAGCGUUUCAAUCAAAAGAGCAACCUCCACGUCCAUCAGCGUAUUCACACGGGGGAGAAGCCGUAUCACUGCUCACACUGUGGAAAGAGUUUUACUCUACAGAGUCAUCUCCAUGUUCACCAGCGUAUUCACACGGGAGAGAAGCCGUAUCACUGUUCACAGUGUGAGAAGAGCUUUACUCAUCAGAGUCAUCUCCAACGACAUCAGCGCACUCACACAGGAGAGAAACCGUAUCACUGCUCAGAGUGUGAGAAGAGUUUUAAUCAUCAGAGUCAUCUCCAGCGACACCAGCGCACUCACACUGGAGAGAAGCCGUAUCACUGUUCACAGUGUGGGAAGAGUUUCUCUCAACAAAGUACUCUCCAACUACACCAGCGCAUUCACACUGGAGAGAAGCCGUAUCACUGCUCACAAUGUGGAAAGAGGUUUACUUAUUCACUUACGUUUAAGACACACAAGUGCACUAACACAGACCCAUUACAUUAUUUGAAUUAUGUGUCAAAUUAAAUAUGACUAUCAUUACUUUUUUGGCUUAAAAUGGUCCGUGUAAACUGUGUUUUUGCAUUUUAUUUAUCUUCUUUCUGUGGAAGACAAAGCAUAUAAUGUUAUUUUAAUGAUUCAUAUUCUUAUUUUAAUAUCUGCUUUUGAUUUUAAUUACCUUAACAAAAAAAGUAUGAAUUCUGUGACGGUAAUUUAAGUCACUAUAGUCCAUAGUGCAGCAUAACCCUGCAUUCACACUAGCAAGGUACAGCAUGUCAGGUGAUGAUUAAUUUUCUGUGUAUACAUGUAACACGCAACCAUGAUUUGAGAAACAGUAGUGAAUGACAAAGUGACAGCACAGCAAGUGCCAUGUGAGUUGAGAUUUUCUUAACUUGAUGUAAAUUACGUAUGACAAAUAAGUAACAAAUUCAAAUGUCUGAUUGAAUGAUACCUCGGACCAAAUGACGGACUCAAAUGAUUCCUUGGACCAAUUGUAUUGUGUGUGUGUGUGUGUGUGUGUGUGUGUGUGGGGCAGAUUUUUUUUUACAACUGUUUUUACCUUAUCAUGUCAUAUAUACCAGUCAACCAUAACAUUAAAACCACCUGCUUAAUAUUGUGUAGGUCCCCCUUGUGCUGCCAAAACAUCUCUGACACAUCGAUGCAUGGACUUCACAAGACCUCUGAAGGUGUGCUGUUGCAUCUGGCACCAAGACGUUAGCAGCAGAUCCUUUAGGUCCUGCAAGUUGUGAAGUUGGGCCUCAAUGAAUUGGAUUUGUUUGUCCAGCUCAUCCCACAGAUGCUCAAUCGGAUUGAGAUCUGGGGAAUUUGGAGGCCGAGUCAACAACUUGGACUCUGUCAUGUUCCUCAAACCGUUCCUGAACAAUUUUUACAGUGUGUCGGGGAGCGUUAUCCUGCUGAAAGAUGAUGCUGCCAUUAGGGAAUACUGUUACCAUGAAGGGGUGUACUUGGUCUGCAACAAUGUUUAGGUAGGUGAUACGUGUCAAAGUAACAUCGAAAUGGAGACAGUAUUUCGACAAUGAAUUGAAAUUGGCAUUUUAUUUUCACAAAUAAUUGCAAUUGUAUGAAAUAUCAGAAGACAAGCAGUUGCUUGUUUUAUAGGGCUCCAUAACUGCCCUUAUAUUAUUAAGCCCAUGGGUCUGGGAGGUAUUGGUGGAGAGACACUUCACAAAGUUUCUGGCUGCAGCAUUUUAGAAUGUCAUGGCCCAUGUUUGAGAUGCUGUGUCAACUGAUUGUCCUGAUGUUGCACCCGGUUGUUCUUCCUUAGACCAUUUUUGGUAAGUACUAACCACUGCAUACUGGGUCGUUGGACCAUUUUUGGUAAGUACUAACCACUGCAUAAUUCCCCACAAGACCUGUUGUUUUGGAGAUGAUCUGACCCAGUCAUCUAGCCAUCACAAUUUGGCUCUUGUCAAAGUCGCUCAAAUCCUUACACUUGCCCAUUUUUCCUGCUUUCAGCACAUCAACUUUGAGAAUUGAAUGCUCACUUACUGCCUAAUAUAUCCCACCCCUGGACAUGUGCCACUGCAGUGAGAUACUUAGUGUUAUUCACUUCACUUUUCAGCAGUUUUAAUGUUAUGGUUGAUUGGUGUAUGACUCAUUAAAUGAGUAUAGAGAAAGCUUGGAAAGAAGUAGCAGAAAUCAUUGGUGACUCUGGAGUGUUUGUAGCUAUGACUGUUAGAUUGUGCUGCUAAUAGCUAAUACAAAGAUUAGCAUGUAACAUAUAAAUCAAGCACCCAAUAUUCAUAUUGAUUGUGUUAUUUAAUUUGUGUUUAAUAAGUUAAAGAUGUAUAGAUAUAUAGGCAUAUGGUAGUGCUUCUGGUAGCGAGUGGCUAGUACAGUUAGCUUGCAUGGCUAACAAUGCUAUUAUGAAGCCUGGAAUAUCAGACAACCUAAAAAGGUUUAACACUAUUUUCACUUAUCAGAGUUCUGUACAAUUUAAAGACAAAUACAUUAGUAGUAAAUCUUGUUCUGUAAGAUAUACAUUUUGGCUACUACCCUAUCUCCAAGAAUGUGAACGCAGGGUAAGAAUAAAGCAGAAUCUCAUACACCAGAAAGUUCCAAUGUCACUAAACUGAAGAUGCAUGUGGGAAUUUGCAUAGAUGUCAACUAUAUGCUGCCAAUUCUGCUAGGUGUACAAGUGUAGGUGUGUCUGAAUCAUCCCAAACAUUAGUCAAAAGGCUACCGAAUUUUGGACAUUGAAGUACAUUUACUGGCCAUGCAUCAGGCCAUCUGACUAAAAGUUCAUUAUGGUAAUCUAAAGUUUAUAAUUGAAGUACAUUCUUAAGAGAAAAUAUUCUGUUCUGUAUUGGUAUUUGUAACUGUGUAUUGGUAUCCUUAAUGUGGUUUGCUAACAUAGACACCUAGGUCAGGUCCUGUAAUUGGAUAUGACCGUGUGUCCACUACGCAACAGUGGAAGUCAAUGCUGAGUUGGAAUUAAAUGGUAAUAUUAUGCUAGCCAACUUUUUGUUGGCUGGACAUUUACUGUACUUAAGUACAAUUACUGUACUUUUACUGUAUUAACUGCACACUCAUAAUUGUAUGUAUAUAGAGAAUUGGUAAUUGGGAGAUAAAAUGGGUGGAACCAUGUAACCAACUGCCAAUCGCUGAACCAGUAAUAACCGUGACUUAACAUCUCAAAUUUAAACCCAUCAGCACCAGUUGGAAUUCCUUGGAGUUGCAAUACUGGUUAGUUGAGCAGUCUAAUCCAAAGCCAUUUUACACAUUAAUUGUUAUUUUGUCUUUGUACAUUGUAAAUAAACUAAGUAUA